AUGGCUUUAGAACAAUCAUUGGCCCAAUUAUCGUUGGCUACUGUUGCGUCACCAGAAAAUGACAAGGCUUUACCCACCAAAUCUUUGAUUUUCAAACCAAAGACUGCCAAAACAGCUACCCCAAUUCCCCUCUUUGUUUUUGCAUUACAAGAUACCACCACUCCAUCAAAUUUGAUUGCCAAAUCCGCAGGUGUAAAAGAACCAAGAUUGGCCAAGGAUGAUUUAGUAGAAGAAUUUUUCAAAACCACCACAAAAGAAGUUUCCAUUGCCAAUUUAUCCAAAGAAUUAGCCGGUAAAAUUAAAAUUAUCAUUGACGAUAAUGUUUUGAAAGCUGCCAAGAAUGAAGAAUUGUUGAAAUUAUCUACUCAAAGUUCCGCAGCUGUGUUACCUGCUAAAACUGUGGUUGAAUUUUUACAAUCUACUGGUAUUGAGAUUAUUGAAGUUGAUUUUUCAGCUGAACCAACUCAAACUCCAGUAACACCAGCAUCUGCUGCUGCUGCUACCUCUAAAAAGGAAAAGAAAGAUGAUGCCAAAUUAGAAGAUGCUAAAUUGAUUGGUAUCACUGUUGAUAAAGAAAAAGAUUUUUCUUCAUGGUACACCCAAGUUGUCACCAAAGGUGAAAUGCUUGAUUAUUACGAUGUUUCUGGUUGUUACAUCCUUAGACCAAAUUCAUAUUUUGUUUGGGAAACCAUUCAAGAUUGGUUUAAUGCCAGAAUUAAGAAGAUGGGUGUACAAAACACUUAUUUCCCAAUGUUUGUUUCUCAGAGAGUUUUGGAAAAGGAAAAGGACCAUAUUGAAGGGUUUGCUCCUGAAGUUGCUUGGGUCACUAGAGCUGGUAAUUCGGAAUUAGAUGAACAUAUUGCUAUUAGACCAACUUCUGAAACUGUCAUGUACCCAUACUAUGCCAAAUGGAUUAGAUCCCAUCGUGAUUUACCAUUGAAAUUGAACCAAUGGAAUUCAGUUGUUCGUUGGGAAUUUAAACAUCCACAACCAUUUUUAAGAACCAGAGAGUUCUUGUGGCAAGAAGGUCAUACUGCUCAUUUGACCAAAGAUGCCGCUGCUGAAGAAGUUUUGCAAAUCUUAGACUACUAUGCUGGUGUUUAUGAAGAAUUAUUAGCUGUUCCAGUUGUUAAAGGUAAAAAAACCGAAAAUGAAAAAUUUGCUGGUGGUGAUUACACCACCACUGUUGAAGGUUUUGUUGCUGCUACUGGUAGAGGUAUUCAAGGUGGUACAUCUCAUCAUUUGGGUACUAAUUUCUCGAAAAUGUUCAAUAUUUCUGUGGAAAACCCUGAAGGUUCAGAAAAACCUAGAAUUUUUGCUUACCAAAACUCUUGGGGGUUGUCAACUAGAGUUAUUGGUGUUAUGAUCAUGACCCAUUCUGAUAACAAAGGUUUAGUCUUACCACCAAGAAUCGCACAAUACCAAGCUGUUGUUAUCCCAGUUGGUCUCACAUCCAAAUCCACUGAUGCUCAAAGAAAAGAAAUCAACGAAGGUGCAGAAAAGAUUGAACAAUCUUUAAGAGCCAAUGGCAUAAGGGUUACUGGUGAUUACAGAGAAAUUUAUAACCCAGGUUGGAAAUUUGCUGAUUGGGAAUUGAAAGGGGUCCCAUUACGUUUUGAAUUUGGUCCUAAAGAUUUGGCUGGUAAUCAAGUUACCAUUGUUAGAAGAAAUGAUGGGAAAAAAUACACUGUUAAAUUAGACGAAUUAGACACACAAGUUCCAAAAUUGUUGGAUCAAAUGCAUGAUGAUUUAUUGGCUAAAGCUAAACAAGAAUUUGAUGAGCAUCGUGUUAAAGUUGAUGAAUGGAAAGAUUUUGUUCCAACUUUGAACAAAAAGAAUGUUAUUUUGGCUCCAUGGUGUGGUGAUGCCGAUUGUGAAGAUGACAUUAAGGAUUCUUCCGCUAAGAAGGAUGAUGGUGAAGAAGAAGAAGUUGAUGAAAAGGCUCCAUCAAUGGGUGCUAAAUCAUUGUGUAUUCCAUUUGAACAACCAGAAUUGAAAGAAGGUCAAAAAUGUGUUAAAUGUGAUAGAAAAGCCGUUACCUACUGUAUGUUUGGUAGAUCUUAUUAG